GUUUUCUUGUAAUAUGGUAUGGUCAAAAAGCAUUUUAUAAAAAUGAAAGAAGUUGUAUCCCGCUUUAUGAUAUCAACAUUUUUUAUUUAAAAAUGCUAAAACUUUUGCACGCAUUUUUAGAGUCCGCACCUCAAUUAAUACUGCAGUUGUUUGUUCUAUCAAAAAUCAAUCGAGCAUUUGAUUUCAAAAAAGAUUGGAUAAUCAUAUUAUCAGCAGUUUUAUCCUUUAUAUCGUUGGCGUUGUCGGUUGUUGCUUUUAUUCAUAAUGCUCGCCAACAAAACAGUAAACGUGAGCUUUCAAUAUGUGGUUUGUUGUUUCAGCUUAUUUAUAGAUUAAACAUGAUAAUAUCUCGAAUAGUCGCCAUGUUUUUAUUUGCAUCUGGAUAUACAUGGGGAUUAUUUAUAGUGGCUUUUGUACAUUGGCUUGGUAUGGUGACUUGGUUACACUACUUUAUGGGAAUAAAAGACAAUCAAAUUUCUAAAAUACUGUUUGGCUACUUUUACAUAUUCUGGUAUAUAAAAGCUACAAAUACUAAAACAAAGCAGCAUAUGGUUUUUUACUAUACAGUUUUUUUCGUUGAAAAUGUACUAAUGGUGGUUGUUUUGUACCCCAUGCGUAAAUCAAUAUUUAAUUUAUUAGAAAUUGGAUUUAUAGUUAUUGUUUGCGGAACUUUUAUAAUAGGUUUAUUGUUCAUGUUAAUCUAUUACAAGUUCAUAUACUCCGAUGGUAAAAAUAUUAGUCGUUGGAUUUAUUGUAACGCAUUUAGUAAAUCAGAAACUAUCUUGACCAGAAUUCAAUUUAAUACUGAUCAAGAACCCCAAGUUGACAGUGAAGUUUUUUUAUCAUGUAAUGAGAUUAUUUCUCAUAAAAAGCUUGAUCCUGUCUCCUUUAUUGACGAGUUUUGAGAGGGAAAAAAAUAUGACGUCUUCAAGUUCAGUUUCUUUAAAAUGGAACGUUUUAACUAUAAUUGUUUAUUGUGAAACUUUUAGAAAAAUAUAUAAACAGUAUAAACUUAGAAAUAAUUUAUUGUAUACU